CUGUGCAAGUAUGGCGCUUUGUCGUUUGAAUAAGAGUACUUGUGUGUGCACGCAAAUAUAGAUUACUCGUAAACGUUUGAUGCUUUAUGAUGUAAGUAAUAUAAUUUCAUCACAGAAUCUUACACGGAAGUCAGCAGAAGAAUUACUGAUGGAGUAUAUCGUUGGGGACAGAGAGAGAGACGGAUAUAUACGCAAUAGAACCAUGUGAUAUUCUGUGUUACAAAGUCUGUUAAGGUUAAUCAGAGGACAAUGUAGAGAGAGAGAGAAGUGAUCACUGGAGUCAGUACGACGAAAAACUAAAUAUGAAGUUAAGCAAACGAUAACUAGUAGUUAUCUUAGUGCUAUUAGGGGUAGAAGCCACCAGAAACGACAUAGCGCUUUUGUACAGCUUGUUCUUCCAGCAUGCAUAAAUGAACCAAAGAGGCAUGUGAAGAGUAGUGUUUUGGGACGUGAUGCUGCCCAGUCUGGUAGAAGCGCAUGGGAAUUUAGAGGGACAUAUGUCUCCAUCUUCAGGACCAAGCAGACGGCAGGCAGAGUCUGCUCGCCAACUGUAUGUGAGGCAUACUGUGAAUAUUCUGGUUUAGCAAUGCAACAUGAAUUUCAUAAAACUGGAACCUGAACCAGAUGGAGAAUCGUACCUAUCAUCCUUUCAUAAUGAGAAUCAAGAAAAUGAUGUAGCACAGGAUGAAAACCUUAAGCAUGUGGGAUGCCCCAUUAUGAAGACCGAAAAUGAUGUCAUUAUGGAUUUCAUUAAAUCAGAACCUAAUUCAGAUUGUGAGACAUGUCUCAAAUUUUCUCACAGCGAGAAUGAAAUGGUUGAUGUAAAAGAGGAGGAAGAUCCUAUUUUAAUAACGUUCCCAGUUGUUAAGCCUGAAAAUGAGGCUGUGAAGUCAUGUGAUGAACUGGAAGGUACAGCUGAGGCACAGGCUACCGUUACUGGUGAGCAAGGAUCUCAACAUGUCCAGGACACUAUACUGAACACAAAUUUGAAUGACUCCAGCUUGUGGUGAAAUUGCUAAUCAUCCGCUUCACUGUCAUGAGUAGUUUGAUGGUAACUCUCAACUACCUGAUGCAGGAUGUGCAGAAAGUGAAAUGAAACUGUAUGUAAAGAUUGCUAUGAAUAGUGUAAAUGGGGCUGUUUACACAACAUUAAAAUCUACAAAAUAAACACAAAAAUAGAUACUGAUAUAUGAACUUCGGUUUUUAUUAUUAUUCGUUUAUACACAGGUGUUGCACUACAUGUCUAAACAGUUCCUGGAUCAUCAUCGGGCGAGUCACAACAAUAUCAAUAUAAGUUCUUGAAUUGAGUUGGCUUAAUCUGGAUCCAUAUUUUACAGUUCGAUUUUGUUUUCAAGAGCAAAUAAACCUUUGUAAAAUGUAACCUAACAAUACACCCGAGAACUCUGGUAAUAUACUGUUUUUAUCUAAGUUUAAGAUUGUUUUAAGACAAAUAUAAUUAUAUUUAAUAUAAUAAGUCCUUGAAAAAAAAUUUAAUAUAAAAGGUUUUUAAAAAUGCUAUGAAUAUCGUGGUUUAGCAGUGCAACAUGGAUUUCAUGAAACUUGAAGCUGAACUGGAUUGAGAAUCGUACUUAACAUUUUCUCAUAAUGAGAAUCUUGAGAAUGAUGUAACAGAGGAUAAAGUUCGUAAGCAAAUGGGAUGCCCCAUUAUAGGGACCAAAAUUGAGGAAAGUUAUGUGUUUUGUAGUUCUGGCUGCUGUUGUAACUCUGCUAAUACCAGAGUAUUUUAUCCAGCGCCAAAUGCCAGAUAGCGGUACUUGUUACCCAUUCAUUUGACAGGAUAUCUAAUUUCUGGUCUGUAAAUCUUAACAUCUGUACACUACUCAUAGUCAGAAAUAUAUGUUUCUGGCCAUUAUCCAUCUUCCUGUCUUUGUCUAAAAGCACUAUCCUGUUUAUAUUACAAAAUACAAUAUUUCAGAGAUUGGAUUCUGUCCAGAGGUAGGGACCUAGCUCUGUUGAUUGGGCCCAACUGAGUAGGUUUUACCUGGAGACAGAGGCAGAAUCCAGCAUCCAAGAUGAUGUGUUUUGUAAUAUAAACAGGAAGAUGUUUUUAGAUAAAACAGGACAAUGGAUAAUGUCCAGAAACAUAAUAUUUAUACUAAUGUACCAUUGUCACAUAUUUUUAGAUCUUAUUUUUGGAUACCACAUUUCUCAUUUUUUGCAGAUGGUUAGAAUCACUACAGCGAAGCAAGUAUUAAUAAUGAAAUGUCCUCCAUGAACUAUUUAUUCUCCCAUACAAUGG